CAACAAGUUGACGAGUUCGCGAGUGAAAUUCUACUACAAGAUGUUGUAAACGCAACUAUUGCGCAUGUUUUGUUACCUAUUUAGUUUCGUUUUCCAUUAUUAUUUUUAUCACGGCCUUACGGUCGCUGCAGAUCUGAAUGAUUUAGCACCGUAAUCACGUUUACGUGGUUGUAAACUUGUGUUUUGUGACCACUGUUGAAAGUGAAAGUGAUUAAAUAAACUAAGAUGACAUCUCAUGUAAUAAGAUGGGUCUGUAAUAAUAAACUAUUAGUAUUCUUUGGCUUAGCUACUUUUUGCUUCUUAGUUUCCACUGUAGCACUGUCCACUCAGAACAUAGCGCUUAAACGAUCUAUAACGUUUAUUAAGCAAAAAACUAGUCAACAAAACUCAGGGGAUUUGCCAAACCAAGCUGGAUCGGUACAAAGUUACAGACUUUCAAAAAACGUUAUACCUACAAACUAUGCUUUAAAAUUGAAUCCAAAUCUUGUUGAAAAAAUUUUUGAAGGUGAUGUAAAAAUUGCACUCAAAAUUUUAAAACCUGUAAAGGUAAUAUCUUUACACGCAAAAGAUUUAAAAAUACAAGGUGCUGAAGUCAGAAGCAGUCACAAUCAAAGUAUGGCUGUGGUAUCUACAAACUUGUUGUUGGCUUCAGAAGUAUUUCAGGUGAAUUUACAAGAAGAGACUGAAGCCAAUACAAAUUAUGAACUUCAUUUAACGUUCACUGGAAAACUAGAUGAUGGAAUUAUUGGAUUUUAUGCGAGCACCAUGCGUAAUGGGGACACAAUGGUUGCCAGCAAAUUCCAACCAACUUAUGCUCGGCAAGCAUUCCCCUGUUUUGAUGAGCCAGACUUUAAAGCAACAUAUGACAUAACACUUGUUAAACCCCUCAACUAUGUAGCUCUAUCCAAUAUGAAUGAAAUAUCUAAAACAUUGGAUCCAUCAUCCAAUACAGAAACAGUUACCUUUGCCACCAGUGUACCAAUGUCAACAUACUUAGCCUGCUUUGUAAUAUGCAAUUUUGAAGCAAAAGAAAAUGAAAUCAUGGCAAACGGCAUUGGAAGCAAUUUUACAUUAAGAUCUUUUGCUCAAAAAGACCAAUUGCAUAAGAUUGAUUUUGCUCAAGACAUUGGAAAGAGGGCCACCGAGUUUUACAUUAAGUAUUAUGAAGUUCCAUUCCCAUUGCCAAAAUUAGACAUGAUUGCCAUCCCCGAUUACGUGUCAGGUGCAACAGAGCAUUGGGGUUUGAUAACUUAUAGAGAAACUUCAUUCUUAAUUGAUGAAGAAACGGCUUCCUCUAGAAAUAAGAUCAGUGUUGCUAACACUGUAGCACAUGAACUGGCUCAUAUGUGGUUUGGUAAUUUAGUGACAAUGAAAUGGUGGGACGAAGUUUGGCUCAAUGAGGGAUUUGCUUCAUAUAUGCAAGUGAAAUCGCUUAAUGCGAUAGAACCUUCUUGGACAAUGCUGGAUCAAUUUUUGACUCGGACUUUACAUUCAGUUUUAGUGACUGAUGCCAAACUGUCAAGCCACCCUAUAGUACAAACCGUUGAGACGCCGGAUCAGAUUACCGCCAUUUUUGACUCCAUCUCCUACAAUAAGGGUGCCUCGGUUUUGAGAAUGCUAGAAGGUUUCAUUGGCGAAGAGAAUUUCCGUCGGGGUGUGUCAGAUUACCUAAAAAAGUAUGAAUUCGGUAACACUAUCACGCAAGAUCUGUUAUCGUCAAUGGAGCCCUACUUUAAGAAGGAUUACCCUGACCUAAGUUUAAGCUAUAUAAUGGACACGUGGACCAGGCAGAUGGGCUAUCCAUUACUGAGUGUAAAGCGUGGAGAUCAAGCUAACACGUAUAUUGUGACUCAAAACAGGUUCCUAAUCAACCCAAAAGCAGUGGUCAACCAAACUUCAGAAUUCAAGUAUCGUUGGUAUAUUCCAAUCACAUACAAAACUAAUAAAGGACCAAAGAAUGGAGUUACCUGGUUUCCAAACAAUCAAGAAAGUGUUACAUUAACACUUGGCGAAGGAGAAAAAUGGUUGAAGAUAAACAAUAACCAAGUUGGUUACUAUAGAGUUGACUACACAGCUGAUAUGUGGCAAAACCUUAUACAGGAGUUGAAAAGCCGUUCCGAACAGCUAACAAUAUCGGACAGAGCACAUCUGCUAAACGAUAUAUUUGCCCUGGCCGAGUCUGAAAUUGUACCUUACGCGGUUGCUUUGGACCUUUCUACGUAUCUUAACGUAGAAUCCGACUUUGUGCCCUGGGAGGCCGCUACGUCUGUAUUCUCAACGCUUUCCGAAAGACUGACCAACACACCAGCGCAUGGUUAUUUGGAGAAAUACGUUCAAAGUCUAGUGGAACCUCUAUACAAAAAGCAAUCUUGGGAGAAAACCAGUAUGAGCGUGAUUAAUGGUUUGCUUCGGGCACGGGUACUGUCACUGUCAACAAGUUACGGUCUACCCGAUGCAGAAACAAAGGUCCGCAGUCUUUUCCUGGCAUGGCUCAACGAGCGCUCGAAUCAAACAGUAAUUGAGACGGAUUUGCGCGAUUUUGUAUAUUAUUAUGGUAUGAAAUCAGCGACGCAAGACGAAUGGGAUAAGUUAUGGCAAAAUUAUUUAAAAGAGGAAGAUGUCCAAGAACAGUCCAAAAUACGAAGUGCCUUAUGUGCGCCCCGUGAUGUGAACAUUUUAAGAAGGUAUUUGGAACUAGCGUGGGAUGAGAACAACAUCCGAAGUCAGGAUUACCUAAACGUACUGUCAUCCAUUAGUUCAAAUCCAAACGGUACCGAACUAGUGUGGAACAACGUACGGGAGAAUUGGCCCAAACUAGUUGAACGCUUUACUUUGAACAGCAGAUACUUGGGUAGCUUAAUACCGAGCAUCACUGAUUCCUUCAACACGGAUCAAAGGUUGAAAGAGAUGGAACAGUUGUUCGCCCAAUACCCAGAGGCGGGAGCGGGUGAGUCAUCCCGUUUACGCGCUCUUGAGACCGUUCGCAACAACAUUAAAUGGGCGGCCACCCACCAGGAUGUCGUAUCUGCAUGGUUAGAGGAAGCUGUCAAUCCUCAAAAGGCAUAAUCUAAAAACAUAUGUCAAGAUUUAUAAAUUUAAAAUGCAUAUAAACUUAAAAUUUAAAAUUUUACGAUUAUGAACAUGAUAGGAUUUGAACAAAAAUGUUUCCUAAUAAAGUCUAUUUUUUCUUACUAGUCUUGUAAUGUAAAAACUUCUUGUUUAGCGUUGCGUCUAUUUUCAGAUUGUUGAGAAAAUAAUAAAAACAUACCCACAUAAA